AUGAGAAGCCUAAUCUUUGAGGAGCCUGAAGCCAGGACUCCAGGACAUGCUUCAAGCAGUCUAAGAUAUGCCUGGCAAUCCAUAAGAGCCCCGGUGAUAAUACCACUCCUAAAACUAGCAGUCAUACUAUGCUCAAUUAUGUCAGUCAUGCUAUUUGUUGAGAGAGUAAGCAUGGCAGCCGUAAUUUUGAUUGUCAAGGUGUUGAGGAUAAAAAAAUACACCAAGUACAAGUUGGAUGCCAUGAAACAGGCCAUAGAGAGAAACAAAAGAUACCCCAUGGUGUUGAUCCAAAUACCUAUGUAUAAUGAGAAAGAGGUCUACAAGCUUUCAAUUGGAGCAGUCUGUGGGCUUUCUUGGCCAACUGACAGACUCAUAGUUCAAGUUCUUGAUGACUCAACAAAUCAAGUCUUAAGGGAAUUGGUUGAAUACGAGUGUCAAAAAUGGAUGCAAAAAGGUGUGAAUGUCAAGUAUGUAACCAGGACAAAUCGCAAUGGUUACAAGGCAGGUGCCCUAAAAGAGGGUUUAGAGAAGGAAUAUGUUGAGGAUUGUGAGUUUGUAGCAAUAUUUGAUGCAGAUUUCCAACCAGAUCCAGAUUUUCUUUGGAAGACAAUUCCUUACCUUCUUGAGAACCCUAAGUUGGGUUUGGUUCAGGCAAGAUGGAAAUUUGUUAACUCAGAGGAAUGUAUGAUGACACGACUUCAAGAAAUGUCACUCGAUUAUCAUUUUAGUGUCGAACAGGAAGUAGGCUCCUCAACAUACUCAUUCUUUGGAUUUAAUGGGACAGCAGGAAUUUGGCGGAUUCAAGCAAUAAAAGAUGCUGGAGGAUGGAAAGAUCGAACCACUGUGGAAGAUAUGGACCUUGCAGUUAGGGCAAGCCUGAGGGGUUGGGAAUUUGUUUUUGUGGGUGAUGUAACAGUCAAAAAUGAACUACCAAGCACAUUUAAAGCAUACAGAUUUCAGCAGCACAGGUGGUCUUGUGGUCCAGCUAAUCUCCUUAAGAAAAUGACAAAGGAAAUCCUCUUUUGCCAAAGGGUAUCACUUCUGAAGAGACUCCAUCUUAUCUAUGCUUUCUUCUUUGUGAGGAAAAUAGUUGCACAUUGGGUCACGUUUUUCUUUUACUGCAUAGUCAUACCAGCUUGUGUGGUAGUUCCAGAAGUCAAUCUCAAAAAGCAGAUUGCCAUAUAUAUCCCAGCAACCAUUACAAUUCUAAAUGCAGUCUGCACCCCAAGAUCCAUGCAUCUUCUAGUAUUCUGGAUACUCUUUGAGAAUGUCAUGUCACUCCAUCGAACUAAGGCAGCAAUUAUAGGACUCUUGGAAGCAAAUCGUGUCAAUGAAUGGGUUGUGACUGAGAAGCUUGGAAAUACUAUGAAACAGAAGAACAAUGUUAAGCCAUCAACAUCAAGAACUCCAUGGUUUCGAAUUACAGAAAGGAUCCACCCAUUGGAGAUUAUAGUGGGGAUGUAUAUGUUACACUGUGCAAUCUAUGAUAUCUUCUUUGGACAUGAUCAUUUCUUCAUCUACCUAUUGUUGCAAGCAGGAGCUUUCUUUACAAUGGGGUUUGGGCUAGUGGGAACAAUUGUACCCAACUAA